AUGUCUAUUCUGCCUGCCAGGCAACGCUCCCCAGAGUCUACUGACCCUCUCGUUCCCCUGACGGCUUAUAGACCCAUCAUCCCAAAAUCCUUCUCUGCAAAACAACCACCCACAAUCCGUCUUUACCCACUGUCAAAUUACACAUUCGGCACCAAGGAGACGCAGCCGGAAGAAGAUCCUUCGGUGCUGGCAAGAUUAAAGCGCCUAGAAGAGCAUUAUGAGCAGUAUGGCAUGAGACGAACGUGCGAGGGGGUGCUGGUCGAAGGUUUCAAGGCGCGAUUAAACGAACGCCUCGCCCCUGUUGGGUCGCAGUUCACUGGUGAAGGUGUCAAUGAGGAUUGGGAGGUUGGAGAUACCCUGGCGCAGUGGUGGAGGCCGAAUUUCGAGACGUUUAUGUAUCCGUUCCUGCCGGGACAUGUGACGAGGCCAAAGGAGUGCAAGAAGUUGUAUUUUAUACAAUUGCCAAAGAAGAAGGUUUUGUCGGUUCCCAAGAACAUGAAACUCCUCGCCGUUCCGCUGUUUGAGUUAUAUGAUAAUACGGCUCGAUAUGGCCCACAACUUUCCGCCAUUCCACAUCUCUUGUCGCGGUACAAUUUUGAAUUCGUGGACGAGAAUGAUAAUGUGGUUGCAGUGACACCAGGAGAUCAGACUCCAACUCCGCUAUCCGAUCUUCCCCGAACGAAAGUACUCGCUGGCGAUGAUGCCACGAAUAAUGAUGGGCAAGAUACGGGAAUGGAGGACUUUGGAGGUGGAGACAUAUAG